CCACCAUCAUCCAACGGCGACUCAUCGACGAAAUGGCAAAGAAAAAGAAUAAGCAGAUCAUCCGCCCAUGGUGCUGGUAUUGUGAAAGGGAGUUUGAAGAUGAGAAAGUCCUCAUGCAACACCAAAAGGCCAAACAUUUCAAAUGCAACAUGUGUCCCCGCAGGUUGAACACGGCUGGCGGUUUGGCCGUGCAUAUCCAACAAGUACAUAAACUAGAACCAGAGAAGUGCUUCAAAGUCCAUCCAUAUUUAGUUCGUUUUGUUGACUUUGUUUUGUUCAGCCUUCCACGGAUCGAGAACGCUAUGCCAGGACGUGAUGGGUAUGAGGUGGAGAUUUUCGGAAUGGAGGGCAUUCCUGCACCUGAUGUUGCAGACUAUAAGCGCCGCAAGGAAAUCGAACUUGGCUUAGCUGCAGGUUCUAUAUCUCAGCCUCAGCCUAAGAGACCUAAGAUUGAAAAGAGGCCUUUAUCGGAGGAUGAACUCAAGGCCCAAUUAGAAGCCCACAAGGCCUUGAUGGGCGGUAGCAGCGAUAAUCCUCCUGCUCUUCCUGCAGCUGACAAUAGCGCUGGCGCGGUAUACGGCGCUCCUCCACAAGCAUAUGCCGCCCCUCCUACUCCAGCUCCCGGCAUUCCACCGCCGGGGAUGCCUCCCUCUGGUAUGGUACCAGGUGCGCCUCCUCCAUUUUUUCCGGGAGGGCCACCCCCUGCCGGCGCUUUACCACCAUUUCCGCCAUUCCCCGGCAUGCCCGGUUUCAUUCCAGGACAUCCCCCUCCUGGCUUCCCGAUGCCUCCUCCUGGUCUCAUGCCCCCACCAGGUAUGCUUCCCCCAGGUGCGCCACCUUUUCCUCCCGGAAGUGUUCGGCCACCAUUCCCUCCGCCGCCUUCUUUUGUGCCCGCUGGUUCAGCAUCACCAUUUCCACCAGUUACACCAGGAUUUGGACCUGGUGCUCCUUUGGCGCCAUCGGCUGCGGCUAUUGGGCCACCUGCUGCAACUGCAGCGCCAGCCUCCUUUGACUUGCCAAAUUCGGCCCUUGAACAGAAAUAUGCGCCUUUCAAGAAGCCGACAGAACUCAAAUAUGCAGACCCGAACUUUUCCCCUGAAGAGAAGCGGGCUUACACUAAAAAAUACUAUGUUGCUCGAGACUCGACGAAUAUGCUGCUAUCUGGCAUUGACUCUUCUGCACUUGCAACUGAAGAGACGAGAGGGAAGAAAAGGGCACGAGCAGAGGACUUCCUCUAGUGAUCGUCUUGACAGAGGGUCGUUACAGCCCAGGCAGCCAAUGGAAGAGGGAUACUUGAUGGAGACUCACCAGUCCGUCCCAUCCGUCUACUUCUUUUCGCUCAUAGAUUUUUGGCACUCAUCACCUCCUUAUACUCAUGUCACACUGCACAGCGCGAUGUUU